AUGGAGGGGAUCAUACCUCUGGUGAUCCGAGCUUUCAGGAAGAACAGGAAGAGGAGCAAGUAUCGGUGCCUCUCCAAGAACCCCAACCGCGCCAUGCCCGCCGGCGAGUGUGAGGACGGAGGAGAUCAGUACCACCACUACAACAGCCACUUCGUCUGGAGGAGCUCCUCCUCCUCCGCCGUCGCCGUCGCCGGCCGCGGCUACGAGGACUUCCCCCGUCGGUACCCACAACCGCCGCCGCCGCCGCCUCGGGGAUUCGCUCCGAGCCGCAGCGUAGGGCACGGUGGCGCCGCCCUGCCGCCCGUCCUCUCCUACCCCGAAGAGUUGAGGAGGACGAAGAGCGGCAGCGUCUGGUAG